GACUUUUUGCUUUCAGUUUGGUACCAAAGCCGCGCAGCACGCCUGUCUGUUGCUUGUUUAACUGUUGGAAUUGUUUGUUUUCUCUGUGUCCUAAUCUUCCUUAGAACUAACAUGGGACAGUCUCUAACAACGCCCCUAAGUCUCACUCUUGACCAUUGGAAAGACGUCCACGACCGGGCACACAACCAGUCCGUCGAGGUCAAAAAAGGAAAAUGGCAGACCCUCUACACCUCCGAGUGGCCCACUUUCAGAGCAGGAUGGCCAGUGAAUGGCACGUUUAAUAAGACCAUUAUUUUACAGGUUAAAGAUCGGGUCUUCCACGGACAUCCUGACCAGGUUCCUUAUAUCAUCACUUGGGAGAGUCUCGCCUUGGACCCCCCCCCUUGGGUGGAACCCUUCGUAGACCCGAAUUGGCCUCCCCUCAACCCCCAGCCUGUCCCCUCGGCCCCACCCGGCCCGCUGGCCACGUCUUCCUCUCUCUACCCCACUCUAAUUAAAUCAGAGCCUUCUAAGAAACCUGUCCUCCCAGCAGAUUCAAAUUCCCCUCUUAUAGAUCUUCUCUCUGAAGACCCUCCCCCAUAUCGUUUACCUAGGCCUGGCUGAAGCGAGGAGGCAGAGCCGCCUGCCAGAUCAGUUGCCGGGCCACAGUCUGAUGAUGUUUUCUCCCGUGUCGCAGGGAGAUUGCGCAGUAAGCGAGAGGUGAUGCCAGAUUCAACUUCCCAGGCUUUCCCACUUACACAGGGAACCAGUGGCCAGACCCAAUACUGGCCGUUUUCAGCAGCCGACAUUUACAACUGGAAACAACACAACCCCUCUUUCUCCAAAGAUCCGGUGGCACUCACCGACCUAAUAGAAUCUGUUUUACUUACCCACCAGCCCACUUGGGAUGACUGCCAAGAGCUCUUACAGGCCCUCUUAACCUCAGAAGAAAAACAGAGAGUGUUCGUAGAGGCCAGAAAGCAUGUUCUGGGGGAUGAUGGGUGCCCCACCCAGCUGCCUGAGGAAAUUGAUGCUGCAUUCCCACUUAAGAGACCAAACUGGGAUUUCAAUACGGCUGAAGGUAAGGGACACCUACGCCUUUAUCGCCAGUUGCUCCUAGUGGGUCUCCGAGGGGCUAUACGACGCCCUACCAAUUUGGCUCAGGUAAAGCAGGUUUUACAGGAAGCUGGGGAAACUCCCUCCGCCUUUGUAGAGAGACUCAAGGAGGCCUACCGUAUGUACACUCCCUAUGACCCAAAUGACCCAGGACAAAUGACAAGUGUCUCUAUGUCCUUCAUCUGGCAGGCCGCACCAGACAUCAGGACUAAGUUACAGAGAUUAGAAAAUUUGCAGGGCUAUACGUUACAGGAUUUACUUAAAGAAGCUGAAAGGAUUUUUAAUAAGAGGGAGACACAAGAAGAAAAAGAAGAUAGAGUUCGCAGAGAAAGGGAAGAGAGAGAUAAAAAAAGAAACAAAGAGUUGAGCCGAAUCUUGGCCGCCGUAGUUCAGGGCCAGGAAAGGAAGGGAGAUAGGGUGGGAGCUCAAAAGGGGCCGAAGCUGGAUAAAGAUCAAUGUGCCUAUUGCAAAGAGAAAGGGCACUGGGCCAGAGAAUGCCCCAAGAAGCCUGGCGGACCCCGAAAGCCCCGACCACGAACUUCCCUUCUGGCCCUAGAUGAAGAUAGGGAGGUCAGGGCCAGGAGCCCCCCCCCCCAGCCCAGGGUAACGCUUAAAGUUGGGGGGCAGCCUGUUACCUUCCUGGUAGACACAGGAGCCCAGCAUUCAGUCCUCACCCGAGCUUCAGGACAACUCAGUGACCGGACGGCCUGGGUACAAGGAGCUACUGGCGGGAAACAAUACCGAUGGACUACAGACCGACGGGUUCAGCUGGCUACCGGUAAGGUGACCCAUUCCUUCUUACAUGUUCCGGACUGCCCAUACCCUCUGCUGGGCCGUGACCUGCUUACCAAACUAAAAGCACAAAUCCAUUUUGAGGAAGGAGGGGCCCGAAUAACUGGCCCCCAUGAAACUCCCCUUCAAGUUCUAACCCUUCAAUUAGAGGAUGAAUAUAAACUAUAUGAACCGGGACAGGACAAGCCACAAUCCCUAGAAAUAGACACUUGGGUCACGAAUUUUCCACUGGCUUGGGCAGAGACUGGUGGAAUGGGGUUGGCGCUCCAACAGCCCCCCUUAAUUAUUCAGUUAAAGGCCACUGCAACUCCAGUCUCCAUAAAACAAUACCCCCUGUCACACGAAGCUUACCAAGGCAUAAGGCCUCACAUUAUGAGGCUUCUGAAUCAAGGCAUCCUAGUCCCCUGCCAGUCGCCUUGGAAUACGCCUCUUCUGCCUGUUAAGAAACCCGGCACUGGAGAUUAUAGGCCAGUACAAGAUUUGAGAGAGGUCAACAAGAGGGUAGAAGAUAUUCAUCCGACUGUCCCAAACCCUUAUAAUUUGCUCAGUACACUCCCCUCUACACAUACUUGGUAUACGGUUUUAGACCUGAAGGAUGCCUUCUAUUGCCUCCGGCUGAGCCCGAAAAGCCAACCCUUAUUUGCCUUUGAGUGGAAAGACCCUGAAAUAGGGCUUUCAGGACAAUUAACUUGGAUAAGACUGCCUCAAGGGUUUAAAAACAGCCCAACGCUCUUUGAUGAGGCCUUACAUCGGGACUUAGCUGACUUUCGAGUUCAGCACCCCACCCUCAUACUCCUGCAGUAUGUAGAUGACCUCCUCCUACUAGCGGCCACUUCUGAAACUGCAUGCCAACAGGGAACUGAAUCCCUUUUACAGACUUUGGGACGAUUGGGCUAUCGAGCCUCUGCCAAAAAGGCUCAAAUUUGCCAGACCCAGGUUACUUAUUUAGGAUAUCAGCUACGGGAUGGACAGCGAUGGCUGACCCCGGCCAGGAAACAGACUGUGGCCGGCAUCCCUGCCCCCAAGAAAGGCCGACAGCUACGGGAGUUCUUGGGGACGGCGGGAUUCUGCCGCCUCUGGAUUCCUGGGUUUGCUGAAAUGGCAGCCCCUUUGUACCCCCUCACUAAACCAGGGGUGCUCUUCCAGUGGGGACCAGAGCAACAAAAAGCAUUUGAAAACAUCGAACAGGCCUUAUUGUCCUCCCCUGCCUUGGGUCUCCCUGAUAUUACCAAACCCUUUGAACUGUUCGUAGACGAGAAACAGUGGUAUGCUAAAGGGGUCCUAACACAAAGGUUGGGACCCUGGAAGCGCCCUAUAGCCUACCUGUCUAAGAAAUUGGACUCCGGCUGGCCACCGUGCCUGAGGAUGGUGGCAGCUAUUGCCGUCCUGACCAAAGACGCUGGAAAAUUGACCUUGGGGCAGCCACUCACCAUCCUGGCACCCCACGCAGUGGAGGCCUUGAUAAAGCAGCCCCCGGACCGCUGGCUCUCUAAUUCCCGCAUGACCCACUACCAAGCCUUGCUACUGGAUGCAGAGCGAGUUCAGUUUGGGCCCGUAGUCGCUCUCAAUCCUGCCACCUUGCUUCCUCUACCAGAGGAGGCAGAACAGCAUGACUGCCUACAAAUCCUCGCAGAAGUACAUGGAACCAGGCCGGACCUAUCGGACCAGCCUCUUCAGAAUGCUGACCACACAUGGUACACGGAUGGCAGCAGCUUCUUGGCAGACGGGGAGCGAAAGGCCGGAGCCACGGUCACUACGGAGGACAAAGUGAUUUGGGCGAAAGCCCUGCCUGCUGGUAUCUCCGCAACGGCUGAACUCAUCGCUUUGACUCAGGCGCUCAAGAUGGUAAAAGGUAAGAGGCUAAAUGUGUAUACAGACAGCCGUUAUGCCUUUGCCACGGCACACAUCCACGGGGAGAUCUACCGGAGGCGGGGGCUGCUCACAUCCGAGGGUAAGGAUAUCAAAAAUAAGGCUGAAAUUCUGGCCCUCUUAGAAGCCCUAUUCUUGCCCAAAAGACUGAGUAUUAUGCAUUGUCCAGGACACCAGAAAGGGCACAACCCAGAGGCACGAGGAAACCAGCUGGCCGAUGCCACAGCGCGAGAAGCGGCCAUGAGCAAACAAAUUUUGCCCUUAAAUAGCCCAGACCAACCCACGUCCCCACCAGUGGGACAAACCAGUUGGGUUUAUACCCAUGAGGACAUAGGGCUCCUAGAAAAAAUGGGGGCCAUCUACUAUCCUCAACUAAAACAGUGGGUCUACAAAGGAAAGACAGUUAUGCCAAUAAAUAUGACUUUUGAAUUGAUCUCCUUUCUACAUAAAUUGACCCAUUUGGGGUUUAAGAAGAUGAAAACCUUACUAGAUCGAGAAGAGAUAAACCUGUGUUUUUUGAAUCGGGACAAAGCAAUACAAAAGGUGACUGAGAGUUACAAAGCGUGCGCUCAGGUUAACCCGGGAAGGACCAUGAUUGGACAAGGAGUUCGUCCUAGGGGACACUGCCCCGGCACCCAUUGGGAAAUUGAUUUUACUGAAAUUAGACCAGGUAUGUAUGGACACAAGUAUCUUCUAGUGUUUGUAGACACCUUCUCAGGAUGGAUCGAAGCCUUCCCCACAAAGCACGAGACUGCAAAGAUGGUCACCAAGAAGCUCCUCGAAGAAAUCUUUCCCAGGUAUGGCAUGCCUCAAGCGUUGGGGUCGGACAAAGGACCCACUUUCGUCUCCCAAGUAAGUCAGUUGGUGGCCAAAUUACUGGGGAUUGAUUGGAAAUUACAUUGUGCCUAUAGACCCCAGAGUUCAUCAGGUCAGGUAGAACACAUGAAUAGAACAAUUAAGGAGACUUAAUCCAAACUUACGCUUGCAACUGGCUCAAAGGACUGGGUGGCCCUCCUUCCCCUAGUUCUAUAUCAGGCCUGGAACACCCCGGGCCCCCAUGGUUUAACUCCCUGUGAAAUAAUGUAUAGAGCACCACCUCCAUUUGUUUAUUUCUUUGAUUCAAACAUUGCCGAUUUUGCUGACAGCCCUUCUCUGAGGGCCCAUCUGCAGGCCCUACAGAUCGUGCAGAGAGACGUCUGGAAACCUCUGGCCACUGCUUACCAGGACAAGCUUGAGCAUCCGGUGGUGCCACACCCGUUCCAGAUUGGAGACACCGUGUGGGUGUGCAGACACCAGACCAAGAAUCUCGAGCCACGGUGGAAAGGACCCUAAACCGUCCUCCUGACUACCCCUACAGCCCUAAAGGUAGACGGGAUCGUGGCCUGGAUCCACGAGUCACACGUCAAGGCAGCCCGGUCUGAGGAAUCGACUAAUCACAACACUACACCCCAGACAUGGAAAGUUCAGCGUACCCCAAACCCCUUAAAGUUAAAACUUCUACGUGGCUCCUCCUAG